ACGGAAAUAGAUAGCUCUUUUUAUUUGAAUAUUAUACAACAGUCAAUUUUCGUUUCAAUAUGGCGCUUCGUUUAAAAUGGGAAUUGUUAAAUGUCUCGUGAGGGUACGAAGCUAUUAAAAAGAUGUUUUUUUUUUAUAUUAAAGUUAUAGGAGGAAACUGUAUGGAGUAAAUAAUUUGAUUAUAAAAAGGGAGAUUUGGAGAACGUUAAUGUUUUAUUUAUAUAAUAAAAUAACAUUUGUUUAGACCUAUAUUAACGUAAAUCGUUGAAUUGUAAUACAGGAUUUCAUAGCGCACUGAACUUUGAAUAAUGGGAAAUUUGACUGUAAUUUAUUAGAAACAAAUGAAUUUUAAUGUAACAUUUUACAAUAGAACUGGUCUGUAAAUUUCAGAAAGUUUUGAUCGCGCUGUAAUCGAGUACAAGUGGAAAAAAAACUCACUAAUCGAUUGGUCGUAUCGUCACGAAGAUAUAAUGAACACGAUAACAAUUCUGGUAUUUUAAUAUGAUUCUUUUCGUUCUGAUAUAAUGACGUUGAAAGAAGAAAACAAAUGAUUAAAACAUGAGGAUGCACGAUAAAAAUAGUCUGGGUUAGGUCUGGGUUAGGUUACGGUACAAUCAUUCAAUGAUUAUUUCCAAUCUAAUGGUAUCGUAGCAUUUGUUCGUUAAUUUGUUUACGUCGUCGACCAUCGAAUAUUUAUGAACUGGAAGUUCUAGUUGUUCGGAGUAACUCCAAUCGUUACUUUUUUUUUUUUUGUAGAACACAGUGUUUCGUAAUUUCACGUGACUGAAAACUGAAUCUUCGUGCUCUAGAAUUCUAAGAAAUCGAAUUUUGCAAUGACUUAUAAAUCACGUGGAAAACAACGGUUUCGCGAGAAAAGCAAUCAACGCUGCUAUGAUUAAUUGCAGCUAUUUACAAUUAUAAGUAACACGUCGUGGAAGUUUUUAUUGGUACGAUCAUAUUCGAUUAGUAUCGCUGGAUAUUGUUGAUAUCAGUGCAGGAUGGAAAAAUUUUCUAAUCGUGUCAUCUACGAAUGUAUCGAUCACACUUUACUUGAUUCCAAAAUAAACAGUUCCUGCAAAGUUACAAUUUCCAAUAGCAAACGAACCAUAGGCUUACCGACAUAUUUGUAUUACAUUUUCUUGCCAACUCUUUUUCAUACCUAUUUGCAUAUGCAGUUUGAACGGUACCUAUUGUAAAAUUGCAAUAGUAUAGUGAAUACUAGCAUUUCAUUUGAUUUUGAAGUUUUUAUAUUUUUCCUACCACCCAGUAAAACAAAUCAAUUUUUAAUAAAAGAGUAUGCAAUAUGGGACGUUCAAAUUUUAAUACUUGAAUACAAUACACAUAUUUUAAUGUGUACCAAGUGAAAUUUGCGUUGAAAAACAUUGGAAAAUGACGUCGAAUCAAAUUUUCCUUUAAACAGCAUCUAUUUUUGUUGGCUGUCAUUGAACUUCAGAACGUAAUAUGCUCGACUUUGUACAGAAUAUUGUUAUACGUGUUACAUAAAUUGCAGCAGGGAAUUUUUAAUAGAAAAUUAUUUAAAAAACAAAAAUUAGUAAUUAGUUAUCACGUCAUUUAACCAUAUCCAACAUCAAACCUUUCCAAAGGCUUCAAUUAUUUCAAAAUCAUGACGUUAUUAAUUUAGCAAAGACAGGUUAUUAAAAGAACGCACUGUGCACGGAUAUCGAAAGGGUUCGAUAUAUCAUCGUUCAUUUGUAAACAUCGAUGCUCGUUUGUCGAUUGUUCUUCGGCAAUGUGACGCAAAGAAUUUUCGGUUCAUCAUUUCUAACAAAAAUUUAUCGUAUAUCCCAUUAAAGAAUUCAAGAUCAACGAAUUAUGAAUCGAACAUCGUAUCUCUAUGAAUAAGAUUCCUGGAAGCACAAGGUUCGCAGAUUAUCUGCGUGCCAGUUUAUUAUAUUCGUUGUUAAGGUAAGCGGUUCCUCGAGCAUUUUCUUAUUUUCUUUUUUCCUCCUCUUUCUUGUUUUGUAAUAAUACUUCUCACGAAUAAUUGCGUGAGAAUGUCUCUUUAAACUUGAAUUUCAGUACUUUUUUAUUUCAUUCUGAGAAUCAAUUAUGGUCCUUGCGUGGCCUUGACUAAAAUUUAUUGCAAUUCGUUUUUCUAUUAAAUUUCCUUUUGGAAGCACCAGUUAUUCUAGAAAUAAUUAUUGCAUCAUUCAUCGGAACAAUUGUUUAAAUAAGUUAGAAUUUUUUUUAAUUUCUUGAGUAUUAUUUGAACCCAAUACCUGAUUCUUUUUUGGUACAUAUUUUUUUGAAAGUACAAAAUCAGAGCGACGCUUCAAUGUUGCAUUGAACUAUGGUCAGCUCAGAAAAGUAGGACGCAUCGACGUCAUUUCCAAGUCAAGUAUACUGACGACAUAACUCAUUGAUAUUAUCAUUUGGAGCGUAAGUUUUACGCGUCACCGAUUGAAAUAAAUUUCCUUCAAGUGCAUUCAAAAUCAUUCAGUUUGAAAAGUAAUUGUCUAUACGUACUUAUUUGCAUAAUGAUUGUUCCUAGUUACUGUAUAGAUUCACUUUGAAAUUAUACUUGUUAUUCUAUACGUUUAAAAAAUUCUACUGUCAAAUUAAAUUAUUCUUUUUAAUCCACUCCUUGUCACUUUACCUUUGUAAGUAUGAAUACUGUUAAUUAUUUAACGAUUACGCUAAAUGGCUAAUAAACAGUUCGUGAUUGGUCGACAUGUGUUUACGUCAAGAAUAUCAUUUAAAAAAAAUGAUAACCGUGACAAAUUGUAGAUUACACAGUUUCUGAUUACAUAAAAAUAAAAUUUAGAUUUCGCACGAAGUUUCUCCUUUUUUUUUCUCUCUCUUUAACUUUAAUUAUUGUUUUUUAAAAUAGUCAGAAAACUCCGCAACCAUGGUGAGCGAAUCGGCGAAAACUCUAGCGUUGGUGGUCUCCGCGAUCAAAAAUCUUCGCGAGGCGAGGGGCUCCUCGUCGCGGGAGAUUUUGCGCUACAUAUCGUCCGUCUAUGACAUUCCAGUGCAAGUGGCGCGCCGCCAGAUGCUGACAGCCCUGAAGCGCGGCGUGUCGUACGGCAUUUUGAAGAAGAACGGCGGUAAUUACGUUCUGCCGACGACCAACGAGACCAAGUGCCAGGAAAUCGCCGCGCAGGAGCUCAGCCUGCUGGAUUACUGUCGCAACAACCGAAGACAGAGAAAAAUGGGUUGCAAGUGCAAGAGGAAGCGACGCAGACGAAGACGACGGAAGAAGAGCUGCAAGUGUAAGAGGAGAUCCAGUAGGAGAAGGUCCAGGAGAAGGUCCAGGAGAAGGUCCAGGAGAAGAUCCAGGAGACGAUCCAGCAGGAGGAGGAGGUGCGCGAGGAGGAAGUCCAGCAGAAGAAGGUCCAGCAGGAGAAGGUCCAGCAGGAGAAGGUCCAGUAGGAGAAGGUCCAGAAGGAGGAGAAGCAGGGGCUGCAAGAGGAGGCGGAGUAGCAGGCGCUAUAAAAGGAGACGCAGGAGCAGGGGUUGCAAGAGAAGGCCGAGGAAAAGGAAGUGUCGAUGCGGUGGUCUUGGAAAUAGACGCGACAGCAAUCGAAUGAAGACGGUCGAGGCUCAUCGACCGUACGAACAACUAAUUGACAAGAAAUCUUCCGAGCCGGAGCUCGACGCUAAUGAUUCUGGGGCUAGCCAGUGCAGCUCCCUGUCCACCGUCUCGUCGAUUACAGAUUAAACGUCUUCGUUCGCGCGAUUCGUCGGUUCGUCUUAUAUCAGGAAGCUUAUCGACGUAUUUAGAACACGUGACCGUUCUCAAGGAAUCCCCUUUCGUGUAAACCCCUCACCAGUCAUUAGGUAUACCCACCAAUGAAGUUAAGAGGUAAUUUGUUUAGGGCUGAGUGUCCGGGGUUGUUUCGAGGGUGACUUGUACGAUACAGAAUAUUAAUUUACAGAAAUUAGGGGAGGGGGCAGUUCUUUGUAAGAAUUUUGAUAAGAAUUUCUUUAUACUUUCUUUUUAUAGAACUUUCGUGUUAGGCUGCAAGGUUACUGAUAUACUGUUUUUCAACACUUAUUUCGACGUAAUUUUAUUUUUAUUAAAACUAAUAUUUUCUAAUCGUUCUAAAUAUCUUCUUUGAUUGUAACAACAUCAGAAAUGUUUUAUACGAACUUGAAUGAUCUCAAAGAUCAGAUAGGCUCCAACAACCAUUUAUCUUUAACAUCUAAAUCGUUUAAUUUAAUAAUUAAGAUGAUUUUUAUUAAUUCAUAUCGUCCGGUUCAGAAAAAUAGUGGAUAUUAAUCACUCUUUAAUUUCUUUUACAUUUUAUUCUUCUCGACGGUUUCUCUUGUACAAAUAAGUUUUCAUCGAUGAUUAAUUAAGCGUAUCUUAUAAUAGGUUAAUAUAUUUUCAGCCGUACAAGAGGCACUGCAGAACCAUUUCGAGAAGCACAGGUUAAAUUCUAGUCGCUUGUUUCAACGCAGAGGAUCGAGAAGAACGAAGUAUUUAGAAAAUGUAUUUCUUGGACAUUUUUUAUGAAUAUUCAUUUUGCUAGUCUAUUUACAUUGGAAUUUCGUAUCGUUUUUACUUCACAGUCUCAUUGUACAAUGACCGAAUCACGUCUAUAAUACUCUGUACGUGUCAGCACAUUAAACAAAUACAAUUUUGUAAUAGUAGUAAUGAAAGUAAAAACAGACUUUCAAUUAAUUUUUAAUUAAUUUUUCCGUUUUCAUCGUUUCAUAGCUCAAGUACGCUGGCGUUUCUGUUAGUAGGAUGUACUCUGAUAGAGGCUGCGAAUAGU